AGUGAGAAAGAGAAGAAAGAAAACAGUUUAAAAUAAUUCUUGUCCCAUGCCCAUGCUUCUCACAUGUUGCAAGCAUAAUUGAAUUAAACUACAAAGUAUUUCAUCAAUUACACGUGAAUUUUACUGGUUUUGUUCUUUGAAACAAAGAGAUUGAAGCGGACUUUUCAACACAAAAGGUUACUGCCGAUUUUGGUUCAGCGACAACACAAUCACGAGAAUGGGUGAACCACAAAGCCGUAAACGCAAAUUCAAAGGAAAUACUAAAGCUAAUAAUAAUGAAGUCAGAGAUGUAGAAGUGACUGCCGAAGAUAUAAAUGAAAAUGAAGUUAGCAAAGUAACUAAGAAAGCUAAGAAAAACAAGCUAGUAGAAAAGCCUGCUGAUAUAAAUGAAAAUGAUAUUAGUGACGCUAAAACUAAGAAAAUGAAGUUUGUAACAUCAAAUAAAGAGGCAGUAUGUGAAAGUGACCUGAACAAACCUAAAAAAAAGAGAGCUAAAAAGAAUAAAGAUAACAAAUCUGGUGACAGGUUACUGGUUAAAACAGAGAAGAUUAGCGAUGUAAGGGAAUCUUCAAAAACAGUCAAAGGUGGUUUGACUGAGGAAAUGUUAUCAAAGUAUCCCAUCCUUAAAGAUAAGGAGUUGGUGGAGAGGUUUAUGGCUGUCAGUAUGUCAAACAAUCAGAAAGGUCGUGUCCGGUCAACCUUUAGAGACCGUCUCAAAGGCACCUCAGAUGCCAUGCUAGCAGACGUCAUCCACACCAAAAUGCAAGCCAUCCUCAAACUGCCCGAACAAACCGACUCCGCCUUGAGGAAACUUAGAAUACUAUACAACAUGUUGAAGACCGCCGUUAAAGGGAAGAAAUUUAUUAAAAAAGAGCCGGUAAAGAAGAUACAAGAAGUUAAAAAGAUAAAAGAAAAUAAAGAUGAAAAGGAAGAUAAUGGUGCGGAUGAAAGUAAAAAAGAUAAGAAACAGGAGCAGAAAGUGAAGGGGCCUAAAAGAUAUGUCGUCUUUAUAGGGAAUUUACCUUUGGAUAUCAGUAAAGAUAAGAUAUCAGAACACUUUUCCGACCUGAGCAGUCAGAUCGUAAGCGUGCGAAUACCCAAGCCGUUGGAGAGUAAAAAGAGCGCCAUUGCCUACUUAGAACUCAAGGAUGAAAUUAGCUAUGAAUUAUCACUGUCAAAACACCACUCCAUGCUAGACAACAAGAGGAUCAACGUGUUGUACUCCACACAGAAAAACUCCAAGAUCAGCAAAACUGAAGCCAAGGGUAAGGCAGCAAAACUAGUGGCUAUGCAGAAAUCCGGCCAACUGGCCGGCAGCAUAUCUCAAAAUAAGAAGAGGAGUGCGCGACGCAAGAAGAUGAAACUGGCCCAGAAAGCCCAGGAGGCUGAGAGGGGAGUCUGAGCGUAGUGUGCGUUUCUAACAAGUUUAUUUUUAAGGUGUCUACAUAUGAAUGUUUUAUUUAGUAGUUGACUAUAUUAUAUUGUAUUUAUUAAGUUUUAA